AUGGCUGAGGACGACUUGGACUAUGGCUUCUUUGGGUUUGAUGAGACGCAGGCGGCGCAAGGUGACCCAAAUGUGAAGCCCAUCUUGGAGGUGCCAGGAGAAGUGGAGGACAGGCGCAGGUCCGACAGCAUCACCCUGAAAUGGCCAUCGUUGCAAGGGCAGGUCAUCCACGAGGUGAAGCUGCAAGCGAUGCCCGCGUUCCCUGGGUUCGAAGGAGGCUUUGACACCACACCCAGCGGCGGGGGCAAGUCCACCACCGUCAAGGACCCGCUUGACAACAACUUUGGUAGCGUGGAUGGCCUGAAGCCAAGCACAGAGUACGUGUUUCGCAUGGUGGCCAAGAACGAGGCAGGCACGACACUUGGGCCCGCCACAGCUCCCAUCAAGACGCUGGAGUAUGCACCCGAGCGCGGCGACAAGAGCGCGUGGCUCACCGUGCUGCCUGAUCGGAAGAAGAUGUCCGGUGUCAAAUCCCUUGGACGCCGCUUCUCCUUCAAGAAGCUCAAGCCUCUGCGGUACUUCUUCGUGCUUGAGGGUGCUCUCCUCACCUGGUACAAGGAGGUGGAUGGAGAGGAGGUUGACUAUGUGCAUCUUGGCAAGCUGCGGGAAAUCUCCUUCCCGCAACGCACGGACAACACGGCGUUUACGCUCGUGCUCGGGAACGACCGCUUGCUUGAGAUUGAAUGCACCAGCGACAAGCCCGGCAUAUCAGACAAGGAUGUGUUUCAGGACUGGGUGGAAACGCUCACGCGUGUCAGGCGUGAGGUUGGCGGCUCGGCGACACAAGUGGUGCACAAGACAGUUCGCCAACCAAAAUAG